AUGACCCUUACGGAGCAACAAACCAAGGUUAUAUCGGAGCGCCCGCUCAAUGACGCGCUAGAUAAUCCGCGAGAGAAACUAUGUGACCUCCACAAAUCCGAUAUUCCACGGCAGGAAGAUGUUGCGAACCUUCUAGCAGCUUUACUCGCGUCUCCGGCAGCUUUCAGCCUUCCUUCGCCAGAUGGGAGCGGCAACGUGGCAGUAAAACUCUUCUCCAUACAGCAGCAUGUGCGAGGAGGUGGGUUGAAGCUUGAGCACUUUCGCCCUCUCGUCUGCCAUGUUCUUGACAAAUCUCCUGAUGUCGAUAUCUGGGAUGCGGUCCUCAACCUCAUUGAAAGACUUAGUCCACUCACACACCCUCCGUCUAGCAUCGCCCCAACAUUUAAAGGAACACCUGUCAAGACCAGCUCGAGUCGACUUGCCGAUAGCGAAACGCGCGGCAUUAUUGAAGGGGGGCUCUUCGAGGAAAUUAAAAACUGCACCUUUCGUAAUGUGAAGGGAUUCUGCGAUAAGUUUUUUAAUCCCAAGUCCUGGCGCCAAGAACAGAAAGCGAUGCUAUGGGCGAUGAUGACAGCACACGACGGAAAGAUAUGGACAGAAUUUCCCUCUACUACCAACGAAAGACCCGUUUGGGACUGGCUUUGCUCACUUGAAGAGCGCUUCUUAGCCGAUGCACCAUAUAAGCUUCAUACCACUAGAACCGCCAACCAAUUUAAUGAACGGAAAGGCCAGAUGGAUGUUUUCUUGCAAAUACCAGCCACGAACGCGGACGACACCUUUGAGUAUAAACACGUUCUCGUAAUUGGAGAACAAAAGAAGUUAAACGACACGGGCAAGUUUAAGGCGACUCUCCUCCAGCUCGCGCGCUACGUGCGAGGCGUCUUCACCGACCAGCCGACACGCCGAUUUGUCCACGCAUUCUCACUCUGCGCUUCCACGAUGGAGCUUUGGGUCUUUGACCGCUCUGGGCCGUAUAGCUCGGGGCCAUUUGACAUUCACGACGAGCCGGAUAAGUUUGCGCGUGCUCUUGUGGGGUAUGCUACAAUGGAUAAUGAUAUGAUGGGCCUUGACACGUUUAUUGAGCGAGGGGAUGCGUAUCGUUAUGUUACACUGGACGACGCGAGCGGCAAUGAGAUGAGGGUUAAGUUAAAUAAGGCGAUGGUUAGGCAGCGGGCUAUCGUGUGUCGCGGAACUACGUGCUAUGAGGCCCAAAACAGCCAGGUCGCGAAGUUCUCAUGGGCAUCAGAUAAGCGGAAGCUAGAAGCGGAACAAUUAAAGUUAGCUGAACAACGGGGCGUUGAAGGAGUGGCCAGAGUGGUGGCGCAUCGCCAGAUCACCACCAUUGCAGAGUUGCGGGAUGGACUGGAGUUUCCGAAGCAUUACAGGUUCCGUAAUGAGGCUAAUUUUUCUGAAGAUCUACCGUUAGCCACCACAAGCACCCACACGUCGGAUCACAAGCGCAAAUCAUCCGACGAUGACGCGUCCGAUAAUACGUUAGAAUCCAAUAAGCGGCGGCCUAACAGUCAAAAGUCAAAGCUAUCCACAGAAUUUAACGACCAGUCAUCAAUCGGCAAGGCUAUGCCAAGCUUAUAUAUACCUGGUGAGGACCUGUGGGAGAACAGGAUUUAUUCCUGCCUCGUCGUCUCACCAGCCGGCCGUGUAAUUAGUGACUUUAAGACAAUUGAGGAACUACUAGAGUCAAUGCGAGACGCGAUCAAGGCACACCAGUCUCUCUACACCGCUGGCAAUAUCCUACAUCGCGAUAUUUCCUCUAAUAACAUUAUUAUUACAAACCCCAAGACGGCGGAUGGCUUUAAGGGCAUGCUUAUUGACCUUGACCUGGCGAAAGUGAGAGACAGUGGCCCAAGCGAAGCGCGGCACCAAACUGGCACGAUGCAGUUCAUGGCAAUUGAAGUGCUACGGAAGGCCGAUCACACCUACCGUCAUGACCUUGAGUCGUUCUUCUAUGUCCUACUUUGGAUGUGUGCGCGCCAAUCAUGGAAUAAUGGAUUUAGUGGCAAGAAGAAGCCGCCUAAGGACAGCAUCUUACGGAAAUGGGAGAUUGGAACCUUUGAGUAUAUUGCGGAUGCUAAAGUGGGUCAUAUGACUAUAAAUGGGCUUGAACGGGUUAUGGCCGAGUUUCCGGACAUAUUUCAUGUGGUGAAGCCACUUUGCCUGAAGAUCCGGUCCAUAUUGUUUGGAGAAACAGCAAGGCUGAAUAUUGGAACUCCCUCUGGUGACCCGGACGAACUCUACAGAGCUAUUAUCACAGCUUAUGACGAAGUGAUUGAUGCGUUGAUAAAGAAUUAA